GAGGGAAGUGGGCUCGAGGGCAGGGGACGCUCAUCCUCGGGCACCUGGAGGAAGCGGGCUGGGCUCUCCGGAGCUUCCGGAAAUGGGGGGGCCAAAAGGGACACUUGAAUUCUGUAUCAUGUGUCAGAAAGAGUGAGAUCCUGGGGACCCCCGUCCCCCACGCCGGGGUUUCCAAGGCCAGACCCGACUCCCCAAGAAGAAGGAGAGGAAGUUUUGGAGGCGGCCCUUCCCCCUUGCAGGCCCCUCCCCCUCCCAGCCCCCCCUUCCGCUGGGCUGGCCGGGUUCCUCUCAGGGGAGAAAUGACUUCCUGUUGCUCUCCCCACGAAGAACAGGUAGCGUGGGUCCCUCGGGAGCCCAGGUGCCCGGCCUCCCCUGGGGCCCCGUGUCCAGCCAACCCCCCUCCCUGGGGACCCGGGCAGCCGAGCCCCUGCCAUCUACUCCCCUGGGACCUGGGGGACCCUCUGUCCCGGGAGCCUCCUCGGGCCCCCCGCCCUUCUCUGGGGAGGGCCCAUCGUGGGGAUCCCCGUGACCCAGCCCCUCUGCCCAGGUCCAGGAGGGGGGCCUUGGAUUCCCCGGCACCGCAGGAUGCAGCCGGCCGAGGAUUCGGGAGCCAGAGAUCCUCAGGAGGGGGAGAGGCUCCCGGAGCUGACGCUCCGCCUGAUGAGGACUCGGGGUCUGUGGCACAUCCCCGACCUGGACGCCCGGAGCGCUCUCGACAUCCUGGCCCAGCAGCCCCCCGGGCCUUUCCUCCCUGUGAUCCCCCAGAGUUUCCUCGUCACCGGCUUCGGCCUGAGCCUGGCCCUGACCGUGAGUACGGCCCCGCACCCGGAGGCCCUGGGAACCUUCCGGAUUCUGGAGAGCUCUGCGGGAGUGACCCUGCAAGGCUCCCGGCUCAGCUUCCCAGACCUGCCCGCGCUGCUGGCCUUCCUCUCCACCAGCAGGGACGUCCUGCCCCAGCCCCUGCUGCUCCCCCCCGGAUCCCUGGGGCCCGGAGCCCCCGCUCCCGGUGAGUCUCCCCCCAGCCGCGGGGCCCGGCCCCCGGCCCCCCCGUCAGCUCUAGCUCCCCCCCCAGAGCCGCUCCAGACGGGCACGGUCCGGAUCACCCGCAGCAGGGGGGCCCUCUCGGUGGUGAACCCCCUGUACCUGCGGUGCCACGAGCCCGGGGGAGUCGGGGAGAAGAACCCAGAGACGGUGCAGAGGGAUUCCCUGGCCCCUCAGCCUGUGGGCUCUCACCGGGUCUCUUGGAUAGAGGGGGCUCCCUGCCCCGAGCCGGAGCCUGAGGUGUGCUCCCUGCACAGCCUGGAGGAAGGGGAGGACGGGCUGGUGGAGGACAGGCUGAGGGGGGCCGAGGAGGCCGGGGAGGAGGGGGAGGACGACGCGGAGCCCACAGACGGGGUGUACCACCGAGUGCAGGCCCUGGCCCAGGCCCGGGGCAGCCUUGUGGCCAAGGGCCUUCGCGCCCUUCAGGCCAGGCUGAGGGAAGCCCAGGGGGGUCCCCGGGGGCCCGAGGCUGGGGACCCGGCCACCGAGCUGCUGCAGGACGUCCAUCGCCUCCUCGCUGACCUCAAGGAGCAGCUGGUGGAUGACCCGGAGGUCCAGGCUGCGCACAGGGCUUGGACAGCCCCGCGCACCCGGCCCCACGAGGAGCUGGAAGCCAUGGUGGAGGCCGCUGUGUGCUGGGUGCUCCUGAGGCCGCUGCAGCCGGUCCUGUGGACCAAGCUUCGGAUCCUGCGGGCCCGAGAUCUCCAGCAGCUCCAGUGGCGCCAGGAGGUGAUGCGGGCCUGGGCGCUGCAGGAGGGCCCCCGCCCGGAAGCCCCCGGGCCCAGCCCGACCCGGCGCCGCAUCCACGCCCGCCUGGCCCGCCUGCACGCCGCCCGCGCCCCCCAGCGCAAGGUGUCCAUCCUGCUGGCCGUCUGCCGGGACGUCUACGCCGGCCUCGCCCGCACCGGGGGCCAGGGUAAGAGGGGCUGCGCGGCGUCGCGGCUGGGGGGGGCCCAGCUCCCCGUGAGCCCAGCCCUCCCUCCCCGCAGAGCCCCUGGGGGCCGACGACUUCCUGCCGGCCCUGACCGAGGAGCUCCUGUGGAGUCCGGACAUCGAGGCCACCCAGCUGGACGUGGAGUUCCUGAUGGAGAUCCUGGACCCCGCGGAGCUCCUGGGGGAGACCGGCUACUACCUCACCUCCUGGUUCGGGGCCCUCCACCACAUCGCCCACUUCCAGCCAGCGGCGUCCGGGCCGGCCCCGAAGGGCCUCAGCUACGAGGCCAGGGCCUCCAUCCGCCUUUGGCAGCGCCGGCGCACUCUGCACGCCUCGGGCCGCACCGCGCCCAGCCCAUCCAAGCAACUCGAGAAACCCUGGGCCAGUCUGGGAGAGGACAAGGCCGGAGCCGAGACCGACCAGCCGUCAGAGGCGGCUGCUCCCUUUGCCAUCGGCGACCUGUGACCCAGGAUGUCCGAGCCAGCGAUCGCAACUCAGAGCGGCCCCUGGCCCCGGCCUUCCCUGCCCCAAACAAGAGCACUUGAACUCUCA